AUGGAGCUUCGGCUCUCCCGCAACGCUCUACAGGUCUUAUGGCCCCCGCGCCUCCGCAUCUCAAAGCUUCUUUGCUCAUCCGACCAGCAGGUUGACCCGAAGGAGCUAGAGCAGCUCCGUGCAGACCUGGCAGCUGCCAAGGCCCUGCAAGACGACGCAGCCGCGGACGAGGAGGCAGCAAAGCUGCGAGCGGAGCUCGCAUCCGCUCGCGAUGCAGAGGCACUCGCCACAGAGGAAUGCGCGAAACUCCAGCAAGAACUCACCUCGGCCAGGGAAGCGGAGGUUGACCCGAAGGAGCUAGCGCAGCUUCGUACAGACCUGGCAGCUGCCAAGGCCCUGGAAGACUUCGCGGCGACUGCUGACGAGGAGGCAGCAAAGCUGCAAGCGGAGCUCACAUCCGCUCGCGAUGCGGAGGCACUCGCCAGAGAUGAAUGCGCGAAGCUCCAGCGAGAGCUCGCGGAGGUUGACCCGAAGGAGCUAGAGCAGCUCCGUGCAGACUUGGCAGCUGCCAAGGCGGCCGCUGACGAGGAGGCAGCAAAGCUGCGAGCGGAGCUCACAUCCGCGCGCGAUGCGGAGGCACUCGCCACAGAGGAAUGCGCGAAGCUCCAGCGAGAGCUCACCUCGGCCAGGGACGCGGAGGCGCAGGCCGCAUCAGAACUGGAGAAGCUGCAGAAGGAGGCAGUCUCCGAGGAGGAGGCAUCCAAGCUGCGAGCAGAGCUCACAUCUGCUCGCGAUGCGGAGGCGCUCGCCGCAGACGAAUGCGCGAAGCUCCAGCGAGAGCUCGCGUCGUCCAGGGACGCGGAGGCGCUGGCAGCCUCGGAGGUGGAGAAGCUGCAGAAGGAGGUGACGAGUGCGCGAGAUGCCGAGGCCAGCGCUGCCGACGAGGUGGCACGCCUCGAGGCGGAGGGGACGGCUCCUGAAAGCGACGUGCAGAUGAGCCUGGUGGCUGCCAAAGAGACGGAGGCGCAGCUCCGCGAGCAGCUGGCCGAGGCGAAAGCUGCGGAGGCUCCCAAAAAGGCCUUGGCUGGCCUUUGUCAGAGAUGCAAUCCGUCCCGUCAUCCCAGUAUCAUGCACUUCGAAACGGCUCGCGAGCUGCAUCGGUCAGUGCCCCCGCAGAAAUGGUGCAUCACCCGAGCGGAGCUGGAGGAGUUCGUGCAGGUGGUGCACAGUGCCUGGCGUUCAGGGGAGAUCCCCAUGAGCCAGCCCAAUGCGCUGCACUGGGAUCCCGCACAUGGCCCCAAUCUUUAUGACGUGAACACUUGCGUGGUGAAGCCAAUGACGUUGGCAAUGGGAGGCGCCAGCUAUGCGUUGAUGAAGCAUCCUCAGGGUUUAGAUUGCGAGGUCUUUGUGUCUCAUUCCUGGCAUGGAGGGAUCUUCCACCUAAGAAGAGGAAUUCGCCUGGCGUGGCCUCAGCUCUACAGGCGUCGAAACCUCUACUGCUGCCUCUUGUCGAACCCACAGAACUUGGACUUGGACGAGUUUAUUGGUGGGCGCUUGAGCGAGAGUGCCUUUGCCUUGGCAUUGCAAAGCGCCUCACACUUGCUCGUGGUCCCAAACCCCUCCAUCGGAGUCUACUCAAGGCUUUGGUGUGUCUUCGAGGCCUAUCUGGGAGCCCAAUGGAAUAAAAUCUACUUGCUACCUGUGGUGCCGACGCCCCAAGAGACCUGCAGAUCUUGGUCCCGGGCAGUUGGCGUGCCCAUGUUAGGCGCCUUUGUGGUCGGAGUACCCGUCUCCCUGAUUCUUCGAAUUUAUGAACGUCAUACUGGAGUACUUUCCUUGGGGGCCCUCUUGAUGGUUCUGCCUUGUCGGCACCAUCCCUGGUCCUUGGGUGUCAUGAGUUGUUUGACUUCGAUCGGUUGCGUCUUCUUCCUGCUGGAUUUGCUUUGGUCAUAUGACGCGAUCGUAUUGCAAGGUGACCACUGGAUCGCUGUGCUCUGCCACUACGGCUGGUUUGUGAGUGUGACUCCAAUUAAUGCCUUGGUCAGCGUGUUGCUUGUGAUCGUGAAGGGUGAGAAGGCGAACUUCGAGGAGCAGAAGGGGAUGAUGCAAUUCCAUUCUCUGGCCGACUCGCAUUGCUCGAGUGCAGCCGAUGAACAACGAAUCAGACAGGCCAUCGCCGGUUCCGAGGAUGAGGUGGAGAUCGUGAUCAACAUCCUUUUGGCUGCUGGUGCUUACACCGACAACUUGCGCGGCGCCUGGGACAAUGGCUUGGACAUUGAGAGGGCUGGAAUGACUGAUGUGAGGACUGGGGUCGUCUUCUCGAUGCUUGCCUGGUCCGCGUGCGCCCUGGAUCUCUUAUCCGAUACCUUCAUUGGUUACCUGUCUCUUCACAGGUACUUUGCACUUCUUAGCCUUCUCUACUGGGUGACCGUGUUGGCCAUCCCCCUCUUGGUCUGGAGGCUGGAGAAGAGAGGCCCCGACGUGGCUGUUUUUGCAUUGAAGACCUGGGGCCUGGGUGGCAUGCUGGCCUUGCAAAUUCCCAUGCUCUUGUGCUAUCUUCAGGGGCUUGAUGAAGCAGAAGAUAUUCAGCUGUUGAGCCUCUUCAACAUGACCCUCCUCCCAUAUCUUGAUUCGGAGACUUGGCUAGCUGACGAGCUCAGCACCCGCAUCAGUUGCACUGUCCUUGUCAGUCGGUUUCUUUGCAUGGUCCUUGUCUGGGCUAUUCUGUGGAUCGGCAUUGAGCGUUGGAAUCACCUCCGAAUAUGGCUCGCUCGAAGAGGCCGUUCAGACGAGUGCAGGGUAUCAGAGCUGAACGGGGACAGCGAUGACAGCGAUGAAAGUGAUGAAAGCUCUUCAGCAGACUGA